AAUAUUAUUUUAGAAUCUUCUAAAGUAUAGUAUUAUACUUUAUAAGUACACACAGCGAUAUUUUCAAAUGCAGUUUGUUUUAAUAAAAAUUAAUUUAACGUCUUGCAGUAGUGCGUUGUAGGUAGGUACUAUUGCUUCUAAUAGUAAAACAAAUCGCUUUAAUCACAUUAAUAUCAUAAAAUGUACUCACCUAGAAAAUAUAAUAUUGUAGACCGACUUCGCUCAGAAUCGUGUUUCGUAAACAACGGUUUUAUACUAUUGAGUUAAAAUUUAGCACAACCGUUACAGUGACUCCUCUAGACGCCUAAAACCUUCAGCAAAGCGUUGCCCACCUUUUGUUUAGGGCAAUACGGUUUUUAAUGACUAUCGACUGACAACAAUCAUUCGCGUUAAAACGCAAGCUAAUCCUUUCUUUUGAACCAUGGAAAUAAUAUUAUUCAAGCCCGAAAAGAUUAAUUUUUACACAUUUUUUUUUUUUUUAAAACACUCCCUCGAUAAUUUCUUUCUCGUUCUUGGUGCGAUUAUUUUCAACACUCCGUUUGGAGUUCUGCGUGCCAUGUUGGAACACGUUUUACACUACUUUGACGUGUUUUAUUAGACCUAAUGGUCGUCGUAUUAUUCUAUCGUUUCAGAAAGACUGAAGGAUUCUCUUCAGUUCACGAUAUGCAUGUAUUGCUUCAAGCCGUUCGAUUUCAUGAGCACAGACGCGUUGGGCAAUCACAUCGCCAACACCUAUAGUUAUUGCAAAUACUUCUGUCAGUAUUGCUUGUACCGCGCGUACACGGCGUCUCACGUCUUAGUCCACGAGUUUAUAAUUCACGGCGAAAAGAAACCUUCGAUAUUAAGACUCAAGGAUCGGCGUGACAACAGCGAUGAAAUUGUCAAGGUGGUUUACGUUUGCAAUAUCGGACGAGUACAAUUUAUGAGUAAUCACUAUUUUAAAGUUUUGAUGAUAGGAGGUGUAGUGGACCAACAUUUUGUGGGAUAA